CUUCUGGAGCAUUUUACUGGAGAAUUUACAGCAUGUCAUCCAUUUUAAACAAUGGAAAUGGGAAAAUGGCCUCGAACUACAUAUUCGAUAAGCUUUACGGUACCAAGCAGUUCACAGCUGGUGCAGAAUUGCAGCUUCCUCGGAAAGUUCCCAUGCGUGUGGAGCCAAAGUCUUACUUUGCGAACGAGAGGACGUUCUUGAGCUGGAUGGGAAUGGCCAUCACGCUGGGAGGCGUCUCAUCAGCCCUUGUAGGAUUUGCUGGUGACGCCGAUAACGAGGACACCACAGAUCGACUAAUUUCAAAACGAACUAUCGACGUCAUAACGUGCAUUUAUUCCCCAUUGUCCAUCCUUAUUAUGAGUUACGCGCUCUUUACGUACGAGUGGCGGAGCAAGUUCAUGCGCACAAAGCAGAUUGGCUUCUUCGAUGACAAGAUCGGGCCCAUCACGGUGGCCGGGCUGGUGCUGAUGACGCUGCUGGUGAUCUUCACGGUCGCGCUUAUCGACUAUCUCUUCUGAACAAAAGCACAAAAGCCGAUAACGGAUUGGCAUGGAAGGACCGUGCUGCGUAGGUGCACAGCCGGGUGAAAUUGAGUGGCGUAAAGAGUGGAGUAACAAAGGGGAUUGUGGCCUUCCGCGGUUGCCGGUAUUAUUCUUUUUGACAGUGCUCUUGAUCUUGGACAAACGCAUCCGUGGUGUGUAGGGUUGUGGUCGCGCGUGUUUCUGUGGGUGCGAGGGGAUCGUCAUAACGACACGUGCAAAAGCGCGGUCGGAAGUUCGCGGGCGGCGGCACUGGCUUGUCCUCGAUUCCCAGUGUCGUUUUGGGAGGGAUUUAGUCAGGAGGGCCAUAUAGUUAGUAACAGCCAUGGCCUUUGCGUUGUCUCCUGCCGGUUGAUCGGGGCUCUUAUUGAGAACUGCUGCCAUUGAUACUGGCCGAAUAUGGAUGGGUGUCGCCCUGACAGGUCUGCGUGUCGUCGAUUGGAAGUAUUAACGUGUGAACAUUGUUGGAACUGCUACUGCUGGAGUUGAUCAAACCCUGGAUCCCAAGGAUGGUACUUGAUGCAGGAUGAUUUUCAACACCUCCUCGAAUGGGGAAUAUAUGAAAUGUUUAAUUGUAUCUGAACUUUGCUGCCUGGUCUGUGUUCUGGUUUCUGCGGCACUCGGGCGGUCGCAUCAUGCGGGGCCGAAGAAUGAGGGGUCGUCAGGGUGACGUUGCAGGUGAUUAUCCACUGUGUUAUGGU